UAUUCAAAAAACAAUCAUUAAAAGACUUGUCUAAAAGCUGUGCCAUUAUACCAUAGAUCAGUUUUGCAGUUAUUUAUCAUUAUCACUCAAGUUUUCAACAAUUCGUGCAGAAUGAACAAAAUUAUUGUUUUAUUAUUAUUAUCAGUGUACUCAGCUACAACUGCACCAUCAUUGGGCCAAACCGAUCCAGUAGUAAUAGCAGCUGUAAAAACAUGUGCUCAAGCAAACAGUCUUUCACUUCAGGACUUCUACAAUCACCUACGAAAAGGUGAAUAUGGUGCAAAUGUCAAAGAAUUCAACCUUUGUUUUUACGGAAGCGAAGGGUUGAAGAUAGUUGAUGAUAAAGGAAUGAUUGAUAAAGCUCUAGCUGCAGACUUCAUUCGCAGAGAAUAUGGUGAUAAAGCGGAAGACAUUAUCAAAAAUUGCUUAAUUGACAAAGACAAUGCACUUGAGACUUCGUGGGGAGUUCGUCUAUGUAUUACAAAGGCAACACUUUAAAUGAGCCCAAUAAAAUAAAAUUACAUUAAAAUGUAAUUCCGUACAGGUUGGAAUAAUUUUUUUAUCAAAGUUUAGGUACAAACAAAAGAUAUUUUCAAGAAAGUAUAUGAUUCAUAUGAGGGCAUCAUUGUUUAAAUAAUUAAAAAUGGGUAAUUUUUGCACAGAAUUUACUUUUUUAACUGCUGAGGUAAUUCAUGUUUUUAUUAAGAUUUUUACAGUUUUUUUUCUGCAAAGCUGAAGAAACAAUAUUUUAUAUAAGACUUACUGAAUUAAAUUUGACCCUUAAUUAAUUUAAAUAAUUGUAAGUCAAAAUUGAAAAACAAAUUUCCAAAAAAAUAUUAUUUGCAUUAUAAAUAAACACUAUAAAACAUUUUGUUUUGCAGUAAAAGUUGCACUAUGGUACUAAACCGAAAAAAAAUUGGUUAAUAAAUAUUAAGUACUUUAUGAGAUACUUAAUUUGUUUAUAAAAAAUUACCAUUUUUUAAAUUGCAAAAACACGGUUGUUGCCGAUGGAGUAUACAAGUUUUUAAGGUCUUAUUUUUUUGCUUUAUACAGUAUGUCCCUGUAAGUUGUAUCCAUAUGGAAAACUUUUUUACUAUUAAUUUUACGAAAAAAAGUUAUUCUUUAUAAAAAGCUCUGCAUGGUCCAAAACCUAAGAUUUAAUCAUAAAAUAUCACAUUUUUUGAAUAUUAUACGAGGUAUGUCAAAAAGUUUGAAUUUCACUCAAGAGUAAAGUAGCUUUAUUUUUCGUAAUAUUGGAAAUUGCUAUUAUGAAAAGUUAUUUGGAAUUAAAAACUAUAUUCUAAUAUGCAAUUACAUCCUUCUAAUUGAAAAAGUUUUUUUUUUGAGAAAUUAUGGAUAACUAUCAUUAUUUUUUCAGUUGUUUCAAUUCUGAUAACUCUUUUAUUAUUAAUUUUACGAAAAGAAGUGAUUCUUAAUAAAAAGUUCUGGAUAGUCUAAAAUACAACCAUCUUAUAUUAAAUUUUAUCAAUUUUAUACGAGGUAUGUCAAAAAAGAUAAAUUUAGAUCAAAAGUAAAGUACCUUUAUAGUUCAGAAUAUUUCAAUUAGAAGGAUGUAAUUACAUACUGAAACAUAGUUUUUAAUUCUAAAUAACUUUUCAUGAUAACAAUUUUCGAUAUUGUGAAAAAUAAACGUAUUUUACUCUUGAGCGAAAUUCAUAUUUUUUGACAUACCUCGUAUAAAAUUGAUAAAAUUUGACAAAAGAUGGUUGUAUUUUAGGUUUUAGACCAUGCAGAACUUUUUAUUAAGAAUCACUUUUUUUCGUAAAAUUAAUAAUAAAAGAGUUAUCUGAAUUAAAAUAACUGAAAAUAAUGAUAGUUAUCCAUAUUUUUCAAAAAAAAAUUCAAUUAGAAGGAUGUAAUUGUAUACUAGAAUACAGUUUUUAAUUCCAAACAACUUUUCAUAAUAGCAAUUUUCAAUAUUGUGAAAAAUAAAGCUACUUUACUCUUGAGUGAAAUUCAAACUUUUUGACAUACCUCGUAUAAUAUUCAAAAAAUUUGAUAUUUGAUGGUUAAAUCUUUUUGGUUUUGGACCAUGCAGAGCUUUUUAUAAAGAAUAACUUUUUUUCGUAAAAUUAAUAAUAAAAAAGUUUUCCAUAUGGAUACAACUUACAGGGACAUACUGUAUAUAUUUUCGACAGAUGUAUUGACAAGUUAAAAUUUCAAUUAAACACCCCUCCAAAAUGGUGUGUGAAAAUUGGUGUAAUUUGUUUAAAACUUUAUUUUUUAAUAACAUCGCCAUGAUUAAAAAUUUUGAAAUUAUUUUUCGAUAUUCCUGUUCCUGGUAGUUUUUGACACAUUUACAAAUGAAAAAAAAAUUCUAUAUCAAUUUUUUGCCGAGAUAGCUUUUCCAAGUUUAAAAAUUCAUAUUUUGUUUAUUUAUCAAUAUUAACAUUUUAAAGUGCGUGAGUACAUCUAUCAACCCUACUACUCAACAAUGUCAUUUAUACAUAGUGUAAAAAUUUUAGAGUAUUUUAAAAAAUAAUGAUUCUCGUAGCGACAUUAAAUGAAAACUUUUUGCAUGAAGAGUGGUGCAGUAGUACUUUGCAAUAUCUUCGUUAAUAAUGGACCAAUUUCAAUGUUUUUUUUUUUUUAGUUUAGAGUAGCAUAUAAAAAUAAUAACGUCUAAAUGACACUUUUUACAAUAAAUAUUCGUCAAUUUGUAUAAAUAAACAAAUUUUUUUCACUACGUGUGAUAAAUAAAAAUUGACACAAAAAAUUUCUUAUAAAAAAAUUAACAAUAUAAUACUGAAUUAGCAUUAAAAAUUUAAAGACUUUUAAAAUUAAGUAAGUAUCUCAUAAACUACUCAGUAUUUAUCAACCAAUUUUUUCAAUUUAUACUGAUAUGAUAGCGCAACUUUUUGCGUAAAACAAAAUGUUUGAUAGUGCUUAUUUAUAAUGCAAAUAAUAUUUUUUUGGAAACUUGUUUUUCAAUUUUUAUUUACAAUUAUUUAAAUAAAUUAAAUGUCAAAUUUAAUUUAGUAAGGCUUAUAUAAAAUAUUGUUUCUUCAGCUUUGCAAAAAAAAAUUGUAAAAACCUUAAUACGAACAUAAAUUACCGCAGCACUUAAAAAAGUAAAUUUUGAGCAACAAUUAUACUUUUUCUCAUGAGCAUCUUUCAGUGCGUCACAGUUUUUCGAUUUCUUUCUAACGCAUUAAAUUGUAUGUGACAGAAAAAAACGCACGUCGGUGAUUACAUUUCGUCGGUGACAUUUAUAACAUUUAUUCUAGUUGUCAAUAGAUGGCGCUAUAAUCGAAAAAAAAUUAUUUACGAAUUAUAUAAUAUAUAUCUACGAAUAUAAUCAGUACAAUUUAUAAGACUAUACAAAUCAAAGAAAAUACCAUUUUAUAAAUGCAAUAAACACAAUUGAUUUGUUUUUAUGCCAAAUUGCAAAUAAAAUGUGACAACUGUCAGAUUUAACUAAAAUUUCAUGUCACUAAAAUGUAUAUUAUCACGGACUUACCUUUUUUUCCUAUCAUUUGUGACGCACUGAAAAAUGCUCAUGAAAAGAAGCAUACCUAUUUUAAUUAUUUAAACAAUGAUCCCUCAUAUGAAUCAUAUACUUUCUUGAAAAUACCUUUUGCUUUGACCUAAACUUUGAUAAAAAAUUUAUUCCAUCCUGUACGGAAUUACAUUUUGAUUUACAUGUAUUGUAUUUUUAUUUAAUCGGUCUAAAUAUUAUAUGCGGAAAUAAAGAUUUGAAUUUUACUAGAUA